AUGGCAAACCCUUACCCUUUCCAAGACAAGGUCAUUGUUGUCUCUGGUGCUAGUCGCGGGACAGGCCUGGCCCUUUCGCGCUACCUUUUGGUACGUGGAGCCAAGGUUUCCAUGGCUGCUACUUCGGAGGAGAAUCUGGAGAAAGCCAUUGCUGGCAUCGAGCAAGAUAUUCCUGAUGCCAAGGAGCGGAUCAUCUAUUUUCCCACAGAUGUCAGGAACCCUGAUGAUGUCAAGGCAUGGAUUGAAGGGACGGUUGCCAAGUGGGGAGAGUUGGACGGUGCUGCGAAUGUUGCAGCCAAGAUGAACAAGAGUAUUCACCCGAUUGAAGACCUUGAACUCGAGGAGUUGAAGGAGGUUCUCGAUGUGAAUGUCAUCGGCACCUUCAACAGUAUCAAGUACGAGAUGAAGAACAUGAAACCUGGAGGCAGCAUCGUCAACUGCGGCAGUCAACAGGUCAAGUAUGCCUCUGGAAACAUGGGAGCAUACGCAGCGUCAAAGAACGCCAUCCGCGGCUUGAGUCAAUCAGCUGCAUAUGAAGGUGGUGCCAAGUACCCCAAGAAUCCCAUCAGAGUCAACCUUCUAUGCCCAGGAUGUAUUGAUACCGAUAUGAUCCGUCAACCUCUACACUUGCCCAAUGGUGCAGGUACAUGGACGAUGACGGAGGGCGAUCACUUGACGUCAAUCAUCAAGCGCUACUCCAAGCCAGAGGAGAUUGCUGCCUCUAUAGCAUUCUUAUUGGGAGAUGAGAGUAGAUUCAUGACAAAGCAGGAGAUAUACGUUGAUGGUGGCUGGAUGGAGGCCAACUAUGAAACUGCACGUCUCGGCGAAGUCAGCUCGGACGAAUCAAAGCACCAGAAGCUGGUUCUGACGCUUUCCGUAAUUGGCAACAGCACUUCUUGGCAGAUUUGCAACAUUCAAGUCUUGGAGCAAGAUAUUUACUUCCGAGCAUUCUUCAUUACAUCCUUCACAUCUUAUCGCUCCUACUCAUCUUCACUGCCAAAGCAAGACACCAUGACUUCCAUUGGAAAAUCACCUCUCAAGCUGAUUCUUGGAGCCGCAAACGUCGGAGACAAGGAAGCUGACCCUUGGGCUCGUUAUGAUACACCAGAUGAGGUCAAGGCUUUCAUCAAUGUCUUCGCUAAACGAGGCUACACUCAGCUCGACACUGCUGCAGUCUAUUCGCCCCAGGCUCCCUACAGCUCAGAGCCUCGCCUCGGCGCCGUCAAUGCAGGCGACAAAUUCAGUAUCGACACCAAAGCAGAUUUCAUGAAGGGUCAUACCAAAGAGAACAUCACACAUGAUAUCGACAACUCACUCAAGCAUCUGAAGAUCAACCAGAUCAACGUCUAUUAUCUGCACGUACCUGAUCGUAACAAUCCAAUUGAGCCAGCCCUUGAAGCUCUCAACACGGCUUAUAAGGAUGGCAAGAUCAAAACCUGGGGCAUCUCCAACUUCCGAGCCGAUGAAGUUCAAGAAGUGAUUGAUAUCUGUGACAAGAGAGGCUUCGUCAAGCCUUCUGUUUAUCAGGGUCACUACAACGCACUUGUCCGCGCUGGGGAGAAAGAACUGUUCCCAGUUCUCCGAAAGAAUGGCAUGGCGUUUUAUGCCUAUAGUCCAGCUGCUGGCGGUCUCUUUUCUGGAAGCCACAAGAACCCUGCUCCAAAUGGACGAUUUGACCCGGCACACAAAUCGGGAAGCAUCACUAAUUCGCUCUACAUCAAGCCAUCCGUUCUUGGAGCCGUCGACAAGGCCAUUGAAGUGUUCGCCAAGCAUAACAUUGGAGGGCAUGCUGCAGCCCUCAGAUGGACGGCGCAUCACAGCAUUCUCGACAAGAAAUACGGCGACGGGUUGAUCAUCGGUGCAUCUAGUCCCCAACAGCUCGAGAGCAAUGUUGAUACGGUUGAGGAGGGGCCGUUGCCUGAAGAAGUUGUCGCUGCUCUUAACGACGUGUACGAAGAGGCUGGUGAUGAGGUGUCUUACCAUAUGUAG